AUGGGCGGAAUCGGCGUGGUUUUGGCCAUCAUUGUCGGAUUGCUAUCAUCCUUUAUCCAGUCACUGGGCCUGACGAUCCAGCGCAAAUCCCACAUCCAGAAUGACGCCCUCCCCCUCGCCUCACAGCGCCGCCCGAUCCAGCGUCCACUCUGGCUAGUCGGCUUUGGGAUCUACAUUGUCACCAACAUCCUCGGAACGAUCUUCCAGCUCGACGCUCUCCCUAUCGUUAUUCUCGCACCCCUCGGAGCCGUCUCGCUCAUCUACAAUGCGCUCCUCGCGCGGCUUAUUCUUGGGGACCGCUUCGGCGCGCGCAUGGUGGGCGGGACGACGUUAGUGGCUGCGGGAGCGGUAUUGAUUGCUGUGUUUGGGGUCGUGGAGGAGGCGGAGCACUCGAUUGAGGAGCUGUUGAGGCUGUGGGGAAGGCCGGCUUUCCUGGCGUUCUUCUGGGUGGUCAUUGGGUUGACACUGAUUGUGCUGGGCGUGUCACAUGUCGUGUCCUUCUUCACAUAUCGAGCCCUUCGGUCUGUUCGCCUGCCCGUGGAGGAGGACGACCGGUCCCUCACCCCGCCCCCAUCUCUCCCUCCAUCCAACUACGCCAGUCCUCAUAACCCGACUGCGAUCCCCUUCCGGCCUACCAGCCGGAGAUGGUCCGCUCCUCUCUCAGACUCACGGCAGUCCGGCUUGCCCACACUCGCGUCCCUCGAGCUGCCUACCGAUCCAGCCUAUCCUCAGCCCGGCGCUCGUCCACCCAAGACCCACACUGUCCGCUUCGCCCCACUCCCCACAUCGGCACCCUUGGCCACCUAUGCGGACCCUACCCCAGCUCAGCAGAAGACGAUCAUGACUCUUGGUCUGUCCUUCGCGGCCGCGUCGGGCGUGCUAAGCGGCAUGUCGCUCGUCCUCGCCAAAGCGGCAGUAGAGCUGCUCAUCAUUACGCUGGAAUACUAUCGAACGGGGAAGGGCGCCAACCAGUUUCAGCACUUUCAGAGCUGGCUCCUCGUCGCUGGACUAUUGUCGGGCGGACUGGCGCAGCUGGUCUACCUGAACUAUAGUCUGACGUUUGCAAGUCCAGCUUUGAUCUGCCCCCUGGCCUUCUGCUUCUUCAACCUCUCGAGCAUCUUCGAUGGUCUGGUGUUCUACGACCAAUUCUCCCGGCUCAAGACCCACCAGAUUGUGCUCGUCUCCAUCGGCGUCGCCCUACUUCUGGUCGGUGUAUGGGUCGUCUCCUUUGUCGAACCCACUGGGCAAGGCGGGGUCGACAUCGGUACUUGGGUGGAAGGCGACGAUGAGGAUGCUCCCCUCCUCUCCAUAUCGCCCGGAUCUCGGCACACCGCAGCCUUAUCCCCGGCCCAUACCAUCGAGCCAACGUCGUACGCCGACAGCCCAGAACCGGAAAGCAGUCCCUCUCGACCCGAUAUGCAGCGACACCAUACAUUCCCCUCGCCAACUUCCCCGACUUCUCCCACGUCCCCAAGGCGCAAGCGGAUGCGGUACGGAACCCUCGUUCCCGAGCUGGCGCCGGUAGGAGCUCCUACGGGAUUCUCUAUCGGACUGGGCGCAUCAAGUCCAGGGUUCAUGCUUCGUCCCGGACCAGAGGGGCACGGACCGGGAGAAGGGCGGAUGAGGAGCAGGAGCGAAGGCGCGAGGGGGAUACAGGAGAUCAUGGCGGGUGGGCCAGUCGGAGAAAGGGGUCUUGGUAUAAGAGGGGCGGACGUAGGCUCCGGCGCAGAGGGGAGAUUGGCGGGCACUUCAGGUGCUGCGGGGGAGAGGGAUCUGAAUAAGUCGCUCGUCGAUCAGGGUCCGGAAGAAAGAGAGGGGAGGACAUGGUGGAGUAGGCUAUUCUCGCGGCCGGGAAAAAUCAGACUCGAUCCUGAUAACCCCACAUAA